AGUCUCGCGGUAUUUAGGUUACCCAGAAUGCCUUGCCCUUCCUUUCUGCCUGAAACGACAUGCCUAAGGGAAAGAAGGCUAAGGGGAAGAAGGUGGCACCUGCCCCUUCUGUGGCCAAAAAACAUGAGGCAAAAAAAGUGGUGAACCCCCUUUUUGAGAAAAGGCCCAAGAACUUCAGCAUUGGCCAGGACAUUCAGCCCAAGCGUGAUUUAACACGUUUUGUCAAAUGGCCACGUUACAUUCGCCUGCAGAGGCAACGCUCCAUUCUGUACAAGCGGCUGAAGGUCCCUCCUGCAAUUAACCAGUUCACCCAAGCCCUGGACCGCCAAACUGCUACACAGUUGUUUAAACUGGCUCACAAGUACAGACCAGAAACCAAGCAAGAGAAGAAGCAGAGGCUGCUGGCCCGGGCUGAGCAGAAGGCAGCUGGAAAGGGUGAUGCUCCUACCAAAAGGCCCCCUGUACUCCGUGCUGGCGUGAACACAGUCACUUCUCUGGUUGAGAGCAAGAAGGCCCAGCUUGUUGUGAUUGCCCAUGAUGUGGAUCCAAUUGAGUUGGUCGUCUUUCUGCCAGCGCUGUGCCGCAAAAUGGGAGUCCCUUACUGCAUCGUCAAGGGCAAGGCUAGACUGGGUAGGCUGGUGCACAGAAAGACUUGCACUUCAGUUGCCUUCACACAGAUUAACCCUGAAGACAAGGGUGCACUUGCCAAGCUCGUGGAAGCUAUCAAGACAAACUACAAUGAUAGAUACGAGGAGAUCCGUCGUCACUGGGGAGGUGGAAUUAUGGGACCCAAAUCUACGGCCCGUAUUGCCAAGCUGGAGAAGGCAAAGGCUAAGGAGCUUGCUACAAAGCUUGGUUAAACUGAUUUUCAAUAAAAAAUGUCUACCCAAA